UACAUAGUUUUUAUCACAUCACAAUAAAAUAUUAGAUAUUAAAAAGAAUGUCUGUCGUUGGACCUCGCAUACUCUCAGCAGCACAAAAACACAAACAGUCACAUGUGAGUCGUCCUCUUGUUAAGUGGUAUCGACGAGGCUGACAAUCACUGAGCGACUUUCCUUUGUCUCUCCCGAGAUCUUGUGUCAUAUUCACCAGUGACCUUGCCACCACUUUGAUAGCUAUGAGGUGAUAACGGCUCGGAAGGGCCAGAGUACUUCUGUUAAGAACCCGUCCUCAAAGUAAAAACAAAUCCCCACCCCAACUCCCAUCUGGCUCUGCCGAGGCCUCCGGGGGUCUCAGGUGAUCGAUAUAAAAGGCCCCCUGUUGCGAGCAGGAGACACAGUCACAGUCUCUCGGUGGAGGAACACAGUGUCACACUGAUCACAAGUCCACCCGAAAUCCAUUUUGUCCCCAGAGCUUCACUUAUUGAGCCGCUGCCAUGUGGAAGGACUCCAGCAAUGACGACGCCAGGGCCGCGGCCUCCGGCGGCUCCCAUCGCAGCACCAGUCGCAGGAAGAGAACCAGCUUCUCCAAGGACCACGUGGAGCUCCUGCGCGUCACCUUCGAGACCGACCCGUACCCGGGCAUCAGCCUCAGAGAGAGCCUGUCCAAGACCACCGGCCUACCGGAGUCACGCAUCCAGGUGUGGUUUCAGAACAGGCGAGCUCGCACGCUGAAGUGCAAAGGCGCCAAGAAAGCUCUGUGGCAGUCUGACAGCCCGGCACGUGACGCCCUGCCUCCGCCCCAUGCUGCCGCCGGUGGGGGCCCGCAGGCCGGCUCCGUCCAUCUGCCGCCUCUGGGCCCUCCGCCGGCCUAUCAGACCCUGGUGAAGGAGGAAGAAGUGAAGGUGGCCUGCUACUACGGACAGCGGCCCCCGGCCUACUCCACCGCCGAGGAGCACGGACACUACGGCUCCGCGUACGGGCUGAAGCAGAGCGGACCGCUCGGAUGCGGAUCCGCCGCGUCCCUGAGGGGCUUCUGGUCCCAGCCGGGCAGCCGAGCCUCCCCCGUCCCGCCCCAGUGGGGCCACUCGCCCCUGGAGAUGAGAAGCUACGGCUCCAGCUCCACUCAGGCCGGAGUCGCGUAUCCGGGAUCGGCGGAGCAACGGGCGUACAUGCCCUGCUCCACCUCCUACUCCACCUCCCACUCCUCAACUCCAGACACGCCGGAUUCCGGGUACUGGGAUGCCAGCCUGGAGAACACCACGCCGGUGGAAAGUCAGUACUCGUGGAUGGACAACUCGUGGAGUGGGGCCUCUAUGGAGGUGUGCGGGGGGGCUGAGUCGCCGGCGCUGACCCGGUACGACCCCUUGCCCGAGCUGUCCCUGCAUGAGAUUCUGGGGGAGCUGCAUGAGCACUGGCUGGGUGGGGAGGAGGUGGAUAUCCAUGCUACUGGGGAGAAAACGCCGUUCUCUUAAUGGCUGUGGCAAUAGGAUUUACAAUGGACAUUCAAAAUCAUGUAUAUCAUUUUGAUUAAAGGUAUUGGUGUAUUUCCUCUGUCAUGUGUACAUAUAAGACGUUCAAGAACUCCAAAGCAUUUAAUAUGAGAGCCACAUUCUCACAAUAAUACAGGAUUUUUAUUUAUUCCUGAAAGACUACAAUUUCUUUUGGUUGAUGUAUUUAUGCUUUCAUUCGACUAUAUUUAUGACUUCUAUUCAUGAUUUUCCUGCACUUUUAUUCAAAUAAAUCAGAAAUAAUAA